AUACAUAGUUUGUAGUCAGUGCCUGGCAGAGGCGGGGCUUUCUCGGAAACCUAAACUGACGUUUCUUUCAUUUUGCCGGGAAACUCACAAGACUUAAAUACUGCUCAGCAUGGAGUACCCUUGUGGUCUUCUCACCCGCUCCAAGCAGCCAGUGCCUCUUAAGAGCAUCUCUGUGGCUGUGUCUAUCUGUGAGUUUGUGGCAGAUGUGUCUGCAACCCUGGACUACAAGAAUGAGGAAGCAGAUCCUGUGGAAGCAUUCUUUGUGUUCCCCAUGGAUGAAGACUCUGCUGUUUAUAGCUUCCAGGCUCUGGUGGAUGGGAAGAGUAUAGUGGCAGAAAUACAAGAGAAGCAGCAGGCCCAGGAGAAUUAUGAGAAUGCCAUCUCCCAAGGCCAGCAAGCCUUCCUUCUGGAGCAGGAUAGCAGCUCUGGUGACAUCUUCAGCUGCAGUCUAGGAAAUUUGCCCCCUGGCCAGAAGGCUUCUGUCACUCUGAGCUAUGUUCAGGAACUAUCCCUGGAGGCAGAUGGGGCUGUUCACUUUGUCCUGCCAGCCAUCUUGAAUCCACGCUAUGUCCUGCAAGAGUCAGCUGAGGCAGACAACAUCACCUCUCAAAUCCCUCGGGUUCCUGGCAAGGAGCUGCCCUACACAUUUAGUGUCAGUGCCAACGUCUGCUCUCACAACGGCAUUGAGAAAGUCCAGUCCAACUGUGCUCUGAGUCCCCUGCAGUACUUGGAAGAUGACAAGACUGUUGCCCAGGUUUCCUUGGCUGAAGGGCAUCAGUUUGAUCGGGAUGUGGAGAUUCUGGUUUACUACAGAGAGGUGAACACACCCAGUGUGUCUGUGGAGCUGGCCCAGGCUGAUGCCAAACCAGGUUCCCUGAUGGGAGAUCCAGCUGUGAUGGUGAGUUUCUACCCUAGCAUCCCUGAGUCUUGGGGAGAGAACACUGCUGAAUUUAUCUUCCUCAUGGACCGCUCAGGGAGUAUGUCUUCCCAAAUGAAUACCAAAGAAGGUGCCCAGUUGCGCAUAGAUAGUGCUAAGGAAACUCUGGUCCUGUUGCUGAAGAGUUUGCCCCUUGGCUGUCUUUUCAAUAUCUAUGGCUUUGGAUCCUCCUUUGAGUCAUUCUUUCCAGAGAGUGUGGAGUACACACAGAAGUCCAUGGAGGAGGCUGUGCAAAAAGUAAAGGCUCUAGAAGCAAACCUGGGAGGGACUGAAAUCUUAGAGCCCCUGAAGGACAUUUAUAGCAAGUCCUGCAGGCCAGGCCACCCUCGGCAGCUCUUCGUCUUCACAGAUGGAGAAGUUAGUGAUACUCGGAGGGUCGUUGCUGAAGUUCAACGCCACAGUCAGAAUCACAGGUGUUUCUCUUUUGGAAUUGGAGAAGGGGCUUCCACCAGACUCGUUAAAGGCAUUGCUCGGGCAGCUGGGGGCACUGCAGAGUUCAUCACAGGCAGGGACAGAAUGCAGCCCAAGGCUCUCCGGUCCCUCAAGCGGGCUCUGCAGCCAGUGGUACAGGAUGUCUCCCUGACCUGGACUCUGCCCCCUGGGAUAGAGACUACCUUGCUCUCUCCAGCUCCUACUGUCAUCUUCCAGGGUCAGAGGUUAAUCGUCUAUGCCCAGUUGAAAGGGACAAAUGCAUCCCAAGAGGCAGCAGGUGAGGUGUGUCUUCACUACAUACUGCAAGGUGAUGCCUUCAAGAACACAGUGCCAUUUUCCCUGGAGCCCAAAGCAGAUGACAAACUUACUAUUCACCGGCUGGCUGCCAAGUCCUUGAUCCAGACCCUUGACGGACAUUUACAGGAUGCUGCAGAGGAGAAGAAAAGAGUGGUAGAUGUCAGCCUUCAGUCGGGAGUUGUCUCCUCUCACACUGCCUACAUUGCUAUCAACAAGGAGCUCAAUCAGCCCAUUCAGGGGCCCCUAACUCGCAGGGAUAUUCCAUUGCCUUUUACUUAUGGCAGUGCCUCGGCUUUGCACCAUAUUGCAAGAAGUGCAGGUAGUUUAGCCUGUUCUGCUCGCUUAUGUUCAUAUUCUGUACCUCGGAUUUCUAACACCUUUGGAGCCUGUGCUGAUUUAGGAGCUAUCGGAAAGUGCUCCUCUCCAUUCAAAAAAACAAAGACUGCCAUGAGUGCAUAUUCAGCGAAGACUUCUUUUAAAAUGGCAUCAACCCCAGGGAGCCCAAAUAUCAUGUUCACAGAGAAUUUCAUGGCUAGAGACACAUCCCCUCCAGAGUCUCCGCUUCUGCAGCUGAUUUCCCUCCAGAAGGCAGAUGGUUCCUGGGAACUGGAUGAAGCUCUGGCCUCAGUCCUGGGUGUGAGUGUUCAGAGUGCCUUAGCUGCAUUGCCUGACCAGAGUAAAGAUGUCCCAAGAUGGGCCACUAUCUUGGCUGUGCUGUGGAUGCACAGCUCCAGUUGGGACCAGAGAGAAGAAUGGGAACUCCUGGAAAGGAAGGCUGUGGCAUGGAUCCAGGCUCGAUCUGAUUCCUCCCUGGGUGAAUGCAUCAAAGCUGCCAAUGCUCUCCUGAAAUCAUCUGUGGAUCCUGCUGUCUUUGGUCUGUGAGAGUAGAAAUUAAGAUGUUUAUAUUUGACUGCUGCUCCUUACCCUCUAUGCUGCAAAAACCCGUUGGUGUGCCUUCCUUUCUGGCUAUGCUCAUUCCCCAUACAGACUGGUCCAUCAGGUUCCAUUGGGUUCAGUUUAAGUAUUUUUUAAGGGCCCUGCUUUGUGUUGGGCAUGUGCUAGGAGCUGAUGCAAUGAAUACAAAAGUGAGAGCCUUCUCACAAACAGUUUGCAUUCUACUGAAGAAAGUAGCAAGUAUACAAGUUAGCAAAUUUGAACAUAUGUACCAAAUAAAUAAAAAUAAUUUUAUAGAGGGAGGGGAGAAAGUAGGAUGAAUCAAGAAAGAACUCUUUCAGUUCCACAAACACUUUUAUACUAGAUCAUUCUUUGUGGUAACGAGAAUCUCUGUCAUGGCAUAAAAUCCAUGAAGUUCAGGGCUUUGGAAGGCAAGUAUUACUCCAGCUUUUCCUUUUCCCCCCUUUAGAUUAUCUCAAGCAUGUUAAAGAAAGAAUGCUUUUCCCCUGUUUUAUAAAUGAGUAAACAGGAGAGAGAUACCUAGUUUGAAGUGUCUUUUUGUCUAUGUGCAGGUAGGGUCUUUUUGUCUAUGUGCAGGUAGGGUCUUCACUUUUGAAGAGAGAGUUAAAAUUUAGAUGGAGGUAGGACAUGCAUCCACCAUGACAUAUGUUAUUGUGUAAGAGAACUAGAACUAUUUGUAUUAGAUGACUUGAAAAAAAUUCUUGUAACACUUUAUCUUGCACACUCCCAGGACAAAGCUAGUGAGCAGGUAAGGACCCCAAGCAAAGGGAGCUAGAGGAGAAAGAAAACCAUUAAUUUUAACCUAACUCUGUGCCUGGAGGAUGGGCUUGGGAAGAGAUACCUAAACUGCACUGGACCAUUCUGAUUCUGUCUGUAUGGCCUUUACAUCCCCUACCUCUGUAAGCACUGAUGAGCUCCCCAUGCCACUUAUGGCAGCUCAUGGACACAGAGACUAAUCUGUGGUCAUGGAGAUAGAAUUAUGACUAUGGGCUGGGGGUCCUUGGCUUUUAUGCCCUGUUCCCUGCUAAACAACAAUAGUAGUAGAGAGAUCUAGUUUGGAAAUAAACAUCUCCCUCUCUCUGAGAUGAAGGAAAAGGCCUUCUCUGCACAUUACAAUCUUAUAUCCUCACGUGUUUUGUCAUGGGUAGUAGUUUUUCACAAACCUGUUAUUUCCUGCAAAUAUUCUACUACCAAGAAUAAAAUGACUUGCCUAUUA